UACGUCGCGCGGUCACGAUAUCAGUUCUUAAGUCACGAGCUUUAUCCAAGCCGAGGAGUGGAGGCUGGACAAUUAGAACGGACGCCAAUCAUACAAGACAACUUAUUUACCAAAUUUAGUGCAUGAUAAAGGGAACAGGGCUAUAAUUUCAUAUCGCUGGCUGUCAGUUAAAACUCCACUGAGUUAUUUCGCUCAACCGGUGAUGUAUUCCAGUAUUUGAAUGAUAUUGCUAGCCAGCUAGCUAGCUAGCUGUUAAGCUAGCUUUACGGUGCGUGAGUAGUAGCAACUUAACGUUAUAUUCUGACUGUAUUCAUCAUAUAGAGUUUCAAAGGGUGGGUGUGUUUAACUGAAGUGAAUUAUUACAUUAGAUGUUAUGCGUAACGGCCACAUUCCUAGCCAGAUAAGGAUUGAAUGAAAUAGCGUUAGCUUGACAUAGCCAGCGGAAACGAGACAGUUAACAGGGAUAACGUUAACUUAUCCUGCUGGUUGAUUCACCGCCAUCCAGCAAUUCUAGCAAAUACAGUCGGAGGCAGAGACGCAAAAGCAUACAGUGAGCUUGGCGAGUAACAGUCAGUCAUAAAGUUGGAGUGAACUAUUGGACCUACGAAGUAGCUAACUACUACGAAGCGUCAAAUUGGCCAUCUUCCCCUCCAGUCCAGCGUAAAGAAAACUGACCGACGUCAGUUCGUUUCUACGGAUAAGGCCGGGGUGCGGACAGAAACUUGCAAAAAUGCCGGCUGUGUCGAAAGGAGAUGGAAUGCGUGGAUUAGCCGUGUUCAUUUCGGACAUUAGAAAUUGUAAGAGCAAGGAGGCUGAGAUAAAACGGAUCAAUAAAGAGUUGGCCAACAUUCGCUCCAAGUUUAAAGGGGACAAGGCUCUGGAUGGCUACAGCAAGAAGAAAUAUGUGUGCAAGCUGCUCUUUAUUUUCCUGCUCGGCCAUGACAUUGACUUUGGACACAUGGAGGCAGUCAACCUGCUGAGCUCCAACAAGUACACAGAGAAACAGAUUGGCUACCUGUUCAUCUCAGUGCUGGUAAACAGCAACAGUGAGUUGAUCCGUCUGAUCAACAAUGCCAUAAAGAAUGACCUGUCCAGCCGCAAUCCCACCUUCAUGUGCCUGGCACUUCACUGUAUUGCAAACGUGGGAAGCCGUGAGAUGGCUGAGGCCUUUGCCAGUGAGAUCCCUCGGAUCCUGGUUGCUGGCGAUACGAUGGACAGUGUGAAACAGUCAGCUGCCCUGUGUUUGCUGCGGCUUUAUAAGACCUCUCCUGACUUGGUGCUGAUGGGUGAGUGGACUUCACGGGUGGUGCACCUACUCAACGACCAACACAUGGGUGUGGUGACAGCAGCCAUCUCUCUCAUCACCUGUCUGAGCCAGAAGAAUCCAGAUGAGUUCAAGACCUGUGUUUCCCUGGCUGUCUCCAGACUCAGCAGGAUUGUGUCAUCGGCCUCUACUGACCUCCAGGAUUACACCUACUAUUUUGUCCCGGCACCGUGGCUAUCCUGCAAACUCCUGCGCCUGCUGCAGUGCUACCCUCCCCCAGAAGAUGGCGCUGUCAAGGGCCGUCUGGUUGAGUGUCUGGAGACAAUCCUCAAUAAAGCCCAGGAACCACCAAAGUCCAAGAAGGUGCAGCAUUCCAAUGCAAAGAAUGCUAUCUUGUUUGAGGCUAUCUCACUUAUCAUCCACUAUGAUAGUGAGCCAAACCUGCUGGUGCGAGCCUGUAAUCAGCUGGGCCAGUUCCUGCAGCACAGAGAGACUAACCUACGCUACUUGGCUCUGGAGAGUAUGUGUACUCUGGCCAGCUCUGAGUUUUCCCAUGAAGCUGUCAAGACACACAUCGAGACGGUCAUCAACGCUCUCAAGACUGAAAGGGAUGUGAGUGUUCGACAGAGGGCAGCUGAUCUGCUGUAUGCGAUGUGUGAUCGCAGCAAUGCCAAGCAGAUCGUAGCCGAGAUGCUGAGCUACCUUGAGACAGCAGACUACUCCAUCAGAGAGGAGAUGGUGCUUAAAGUGGCCAUACUUGCAGAGAAGUAUGCUGUGGAUUACUCCUGGUACGUGGAUACCAUUCUCAACCUCAUCCGCAUUGCUGGUGACUACGUCAGCGAGGAGGUGUGGUAUCGCGUCAUCCAGAUUGUCAUCAACCGAGAUGAUGUGCAGGGCUACGCCGCCAAGACAGUCUUUGAGGCCUUGCAAGCCCCUGCCUGCCAUGAGAACAUGGUCAAGGUUGGAGGCUACAUUCUGGGAGAAUUUGGUAAUCUCAUUGCUGGUGACCCACGCUCCAGCCCCCUGGUCCAGUUCAACCUUCUCCACUCCAAGUUUCAUCUGUGUUCCGUGCCCACUCGUGCCCUACUGCUGUCAGCCUACAUCAAGUUUAUCAACCUGUUCCCAGAGACCAAGGCAACCAUCCAAGAGGUUCUGCGCUGUGAUAGCCAGAUCCGCAACUCAGAUGUGGAGCUGCAGCAGCGCGCGGUCGAGUAUCUGAAGCUUUCUUCCAUUGCUAGCACAGAUGUCCUGGCUACUGUCCUGGAGGAGAUGCCUCCCUUCCCAGAAAGAGAGUCGUCUAUCCUGGCUAAGCUUAAGAAGAAGAAAGGGCCUGGAGCUGUGUCUGUGUCAGAGAUGGAGGACAACAAAAGGGAGGGUGGAGAGUUGAAUGGAGGAGGCGACCGGGGACCAGACACAGCAGCCAUGGCUGCCUCCAAUGCUUCUACCCCGUCACCAUCAGCAGACCUCCUUGGGAUUCGUUCUGCUGCUCCCAUUGGUGCUGCUCCGGCCAGUGCAGGCAGUCUGUUGGUAGAUGUGUUUUCUGAGGCAGGGCCUGCCGCAACUUCUGCUGCUGUGAAUGAUGACGGCUUCCUAAGAGAUCUGGAACAACCCACCGAGACCUCUGAUUCCCUAUUGGUGGAGGGUUCUGGUGACUCGGACUCUGCUCCUCCCUCUGAGGAUCCUGCUCCGCCUCUGCCUGAGGCAGAUGAACUUCUCAACAAGUUUGUGUGCAAGAACAAUGGGGUUCUGUUUGAGAAUCAGCUGCUACAGAUUGGCAUCAAGUCAGAGUAUCGUCAGAAUCUCGGGAGAAUGUACUUAUUCUAUGGCAAUAAGACGUCAGUGCAGUUUGCCAGCUUCACCACCACAGUCAGCUGUCCUGGGGAGCUACAGUCUCAGCUCAAUGUUCAGACCAAACCAGUGGAACCACUGGUGGAAGGUGGAGCCCAGAUCCAACAGGUCCUCAAUAUUGAGUGUCUGACUGACUUCUCUGAUGCCCCACUGCUCAACAUCAAGUUCAGAUAUGGUGGAGCUCUGCAGAACUUGACCCUCAAACUGCCUGUCACCAUCAACAAGUUCUUCCAGCCAACUGAGAUGACCUCACAUGACUUCUUCCAGCGUUGGAAGCAGCUUAGCCAGCCUCAGCAAGAAGCACAAAAGAUAUUCAAGGCCAACCACAGCAUGGACACUGAAGUACUUAAGGCUAAGCUGCUGGGAUUAGGAACAGCUCUGUUGGACAACGUUGAUCCAAAUCCAGAGAAUUAUGUGUGUGCUGGAGUCAUCCAAACCAAGAGCCAGCAGGUUGGCUGUCUGCUCAGACUGGAGCCAAAUGCUCAGGCACAGAUGUAUCGUCUGACUCUGCGCUGCAGCAAGGACUCUGUGUCCAGACGUCUUUGUGAACUGCUGGCCCAGCAGUUCUAGAGUACAGACCUCUACUAUGACCAGUACUCCCACCAUCCCCACCAGCGAUCUGUCCCUCCUGUCAUACUUUUCCUCCUUCCUCCAAAAAAUAAUCUUUGAGUAAAAAAGUUGUAACCUACAUAAGGGAAAAAGCAGCCACUGCUAGUAGCAGUGGCAAUAUUAUUGUCCCACCCCGGAUUCUGAUUCCAGUUCACCUUUUACUUGUUUAUUAACAUGAUGCUACAUUCUUGAUUUUGUUGGUGUUUACCUCUGUAGCUGGUGUGUGUGUGUGUGUGUGUGUGUGUGUGAGAGAGAGUGUGUGUGAGGGAGAGAGAGAGAGAGAGAGAGAGAUUCUCAUGGUUGUGCUAGGGUCCCAUUCUACUCCAUCCUGACAACUCUGUAGUGCUGAAGCUGUUGUGUGUAUGUGUGUGUGUGUGUGAGAGAGAAAGAGAUUUCAUUUGCAUUGGUAAAAUAUUCCUUGAAGUCAGUGUUGAGCCUCUUUAUUGCACACAUGCACUCAUUCCUUCCCUACACAUUCAUACACACAGACGCACAGAAGGAUUCUUUUGGGACCUGCGGACCCAGUAGUUUGAUCCCUUCUGUCCGUUCAUUUCUGUUCAGCAUUCCCUGUGAAAAUAUGCUUCAGGUGUUGAGAUCCUCUAUGAGGCCCUCCAGCAUGAGCCCAUCUCAGUUUAUUUCUGAAUUUGUUAAUUCCUGAAUCUCAGUGAUGAGUAAACAUUCAUUUCAGUGAACUAGUACACUUGAUUGUCAUUGAUGUGUAUGUAUUAAAUGUGCCAGUGUGUUAUUGCUUUUUGAAACAUUCCCAUCUUGCUUGUUUAGAAUACCUAAUCUAACCCAAACUGCGUGAGUAGGAGAUUGGCACAGAAUGGACACUAUGUAGAUGACUGGUAUAGGGAUGUCACAGUUCUCAUCACUGUAGUCUUUCCUCUUGUAAACUGGAACAUUAUUUUUGGAAACAAUGUAACAAUGAAAGAUGUACUUUCAUAGUACAUCAGGUCAUACUUUCAAGACAAGAAAAUGUGAGAUUU